GGGUCGAGGCCUGAGGGGGGGGUCGAGACCUGAGGGGGGGGUCGAGGCCUGAAGGGAGCGGGGCCAGCAGGAAUUGGGGGGGGGGCGGGGGGGGGUCACCCUGAACUCCUCCCCUCCAAGCCCCUCCCCAUAGCCCCUCCCUCACCCCAAGCCCCGCCCCUGGACCCCCCUUCCCCUUCAGCCCCAGCCCCCCUUUAACCCCGCCCUCCUGAUGCCACGCCCCCCCGGCACCACGCCCCCCCGCAGCCCACGCCCCCCCGGAGGCCCCGCCCCCCGUCCCCGGCGGUCCCCAUGGCCCCCCCCGGGUCGGCGCUGGCCGCCGGGCUCCUGUUCUUCCCCGGGCUCUUCCUGCUGGGCAGGGCCGCUCUGCGCCGCCUGCGCUGCCCCGAGCCCCACGCAGCCAUCCUGGCCGCCAGGCUGGUGUCCUCGGUGCAGGCGGUGAUGGCCUCCACGGCUGGGUACAUCAUCUCCUCCUCCUGCCAUCACGUCAUCGAUGACCAGCACUGGCUGGCGGGCACGUACCCCCAAUUCGCCGUCCCCUACUUCAUCUACGACGUCUACGCCAUGUUCCUCUGUCACUGGCACCGGGGACGGGUGAAGGGACACGAGGUGGCACCUCCUCCAUCCUUGAGGGCGGCCGCCGGCGCCUACCUACGCAAGGACAUGCUGAUGGUGCUCCACCACGCCGCUAUGGUGCUCGUCUGCUUCCCCGUGGCCGCCCUGUGGCGCCAGGGGAAGGGUGACUUCUUCUUGGGGUGUCUCCUGAUGGCCGAGCUAAGCACCCCCUUUGUCUGCCUCGGCAAGGUCCUCAUCCUGUACAAACGCCAACACACGGUUCUCCACAAGCUCAACGGGGUGGCCUUGCUGGUGACCUUCCUCCUCUGCCGCGUCCUCCUCUUCCCCUACCUCUACUGGGCCUACGGGCGUCAGCGGGGCUUGUCGCUGCUGCAGGUGCCGGGUGCCCUGCCCCCCGUCUACAACGCCGCCGCCGCCGCUCUCCUGGCCCCCCAACUCUACUGGUUCGCCCUCAUCUGCCGGGGGGCUUGGCGCCUCUUCCGCUCCCCUCCUCCUCCUCCUCCCCCCCGCCAGCCCCCCUGAGCCCCCGGAUGGACCCCGACACCCCCACCCCCACCCACCACCAGCACCCUGGAGGGGUGGGAGGGGGUGGGGGCUGGGGGAUCUAUGGGGCACCCUAGGGGGUCUUGGGGUCCUAUGGGGCACCCUGAGGUCCCUGUGGGGCACCCUGGGGGGUCCUGUGGGGCACCCUGAGGUCCCUAUGGGUCACCCUGAAGUCUCUAUGGGGCACCCUGGCGGGUCCUGGGGUCCUAUGGGGCACUCCAAGGUCCUUAUGGGGCACCCUGGGGGGGGUCCUGGGGUCCCUAUGGGUCACCCUGAGGUCUCUAUGGGGCACCCUGGGGUGUCCUGCAUCCCUGUGGGGCACCCCAAGGUCUCUAUGGGGCACCCUGGGGUCCCUGUGGGGACCCUGAGGUCCCUGUGGGGCACCCUGGAGAGUCCUGGGGUCCCUAUGGGUCACCCUGGGGGGUUCUGGAGUCCCUAUGGGGCACCCUGAAGUCCCUAUGGGUCACCCCGGUGGGUCCUGGGGUCCCUAUGGGUCACCCCGAGGUCUCUAUGGGGCACCCUGGUGGAUCCUGAGGUCCUAUGGGGCACCCUGGGGUCCCUGUGGGGCACUCCAAGGUCCGUAGGGGGCACCCUGGGGUCCCU